GGAGAAACUUAGCAAACAGUGACGCUUGGGAAUUCCAAUACCUUUGCCAGAAGAACGCCGGACAAGCGCAUAAUCUGGGGCGGGUUAGCUCUCUAUUUUUUUUUUUUUUAAAGUUUCCUCAUUAGUGUCGUCGUGAAAGCGCUCCUCUCUUUCGUUCCAAAAUGUGUAUUGUGCCUCCUAGUGAGUUGAGGUUUAGCCACAAACACGGUGUUUUGAUAGCAUGUAUUAAAACCAGUGACAGGAAGUGUUUUGCUCCCGGAUUGGUCAGAGUCAUUAUUGGAGGUGGGAUUUCGUAAAUUCUCUACCGUUUAUUGGACCGAAACCCUUUUCUUAUAUAGGCGUACACGUACGGACCAUGGUGAGCUCAUUUGCUUCAGCUCCGCCCAUGUAUAAGCCCCGCCCAACGCAUAAGUAACUAAAUAAAAACGAAGCAAUUGUUAAGCGCGAUCGUCCUUUGGCCAGCCUCUGCUCACCUGUGAAGUGAACUCACCUGCACAGACAUCAUCUCCACCAUGGCCUCCUUGGCUUUAAGAUCAGCAAUCAAAACUAAGGUCCCAUUUAAAGUUGGCCGCAUGUGCUACUCGUCCUCUACGCCCACCACUAAGCUGUUCUUAGAUGGGAAGUUUGUUGAAUCUAACACUCCGGAAUGGAUCGAUAUUCACAAUCCUGCGACCAAUGAGGUGAUCGCCCGUGUACCCAAAGCCACGCAACAGGAGAUGUCUGCCGCCGUCGACUCCUGUGCCAGAGCCUUCCCCUCCUGGUCCGAGACCUCCAUCUUAGCUCGGCAGCAGGUCUUUCUGCGCUAUCAGCAGCUCAUCAAGGACAACAUUAAAGAACUUGCCAAGUCCAUCACCGUGGAACAAGGCAAAACCCUUGCAGAUGCAGAGGGGGAUGUGUUCAGGGGAUUGCAGGUCGUGGAACACGCCUGCAGCAUCACCUCUCUGAUGCUUGGUGAAACUCUGCCCUCCAUCACCAAGGACAUGGACACAUACACGUACCGGCUGCCCCUCGGCGUAUGCGCCGGCAUCGCUCCGUUUAAUUUCCCUGCCAUGAUCCCUCUGUGGAUGUUUCCCAUGGGAAUGGUGUGCGGCAACACGUACAUCCUGAAGCCUUCUGAGAGGGUGCCAACGUGCGCCAUGCUGAUGGCCAAGCUGCUGCAGGAUGCUGGCGCUCCUGACGGAACCCUCAACAUCAUCCAUGGACAACAUGACGCUGUGAACUUUAUUUGUGACCAUCCGACCAUCAAGGCCAUCAGCUUCGUUGGCUCCAAUCAGGCUGGCGAGUACAUUUAUGAGAGGGGCUCCAAAAAUGGCAAGAGAGUACAGUCCAACAUGGGAGCAAAGAACCACGGCGUGGUGAUGCCUGAUGCCAACAAGGAAAACACUCUGAACCAACUGGUGGGGGCUGCGUUUGGGGCCGCCGGUCAGCGCUGCAUGGCUCUGUCCACGGCCAUCCUGGUUGGCGAGGCUCGCGGCUGGCUGCCUGAGCUCGUGGAGCGCACCAAGGCUCUGCGUGUUAAUGCAGGAGACCAACCUGGUGCAGAUGUGGGGCCCCUGAUCUCCCCACAGGCCAAGCAAAGAGUCUGCAGUCUGAUCCAGAGUGCCGUGGAGGAGGGCGCUAAGGUGCUCCUGGACGGCCGACGCGUUAAAGUAACGGGUUACGAGAACGGCAACUUUGUGGGUCCGACCAUCAUUGGCGACGUCACACCUCAGAUGAAGUGUUACACUGAGGAGAUUUUUGGACCCGUGCUAGUUGUCCUUGAGGCCGACACUUUAGAUGACGCCAUCCAUUUGGUCAACACCAAUCCCUACGGCAACGGCACCGCCAUCUUCACUUCAAAUGGCGCCACAGCUCGCAAAUACACUCACAAGGUGGACGUGGGCCAGGUCGGAGUCAAUGUUCCCAUCCCUGUGCCACUGCCCAUGUUCUCCUUCACUGGUUCGAGAGGAUCCUUCAGAGGCGACAUGAACUUCUAUGGAAAACAAGGCAUCCAGUUCUACACACAGAUCAAAACCAUCACUUCCCAGUGGAAAGCUGAGGAUGCUACACUUAAGAGUCCUGCGGUUACCAUGCCAACGAUGGGACGCUAGAUAACCCGUAGUGACCACUUGAUCUGCAAACAUCUCGGACAAAUUACGACUGCUCAGUGACUCAAUGGUACUUAAUAAACAGUAGACUUUAUACUAAUUCUAGGAGUAUUAAGGCACUCUGUAAAUGUAUCACCACACUCUAGUCGAUACUUCUACUACCCGCCUACCCUGCUGAUAGAAGAAGUAUUGGGACACCUGACCAUUACGCCGACAGGAACUGAAAAUAUGAAACUGGUGUUCAGUGAUCCUUUGCAGAUUCACCAUUCGUGAAUAGGUAACCUGUAGAUUGUUUUCUGUAGAACUUAACUAAAAACUAAUUAACAAUGUUUGCUGGAAAAACAUACCUAUUUGGACCUAUCCACAUAUUUUUGUGCCCUUUCUGUAACUCCAUAAGAUGCCCCCCAAAUGCUCUCCUCCUUCUAUGUGUCAUGUUAUCGUAGUCGUUUCAGAUACUGUAUACUAUAUGUACUUUGUACAAAACUAUUUAAAAAUGAGAGUAUGUAUCACUGAUUCCAAAAUGUAAUCAAAUGGAAAAUAGGAAAGGAGUAAUUUUUUUUGUCCAUUCAUCCAUCUGAACCUUUGUGAGGUCAUUGAUUUUGGCCAGAGAAAGUCACAAUCUCUGUUGUAGCUCAUUCCAAAAGGUGUUUAAUGGGGUUCGGGUCAGGGAUUUGUUUUGAGCACUGUUGAGUGAAAAGGGAUUUUCCCACACUGUUCCCACAAACUUAAAAGCAUUGAAUGCAGACUCUAAAAUAAAGAAUUAACAGUCAGGGUAAGUCCAACACUUCAUUUAAUAAGGGAUCAAAAUACUGUUGAGAGAAAACAAACCUCACACAUUACAUUAGUAUUAACAAUGUGGCAUACAUACAAAUGUGAGACGACCAAUCAAAAGCUUGAUGAUGGACAACAAGGCUACAUAGAUAUCAUGUGGUGCGGUUCUCCGCCAGGCAGUUGGUGUUGGUGGGUAGGGGAGAGUCAGGCGCCUGAGUAAUGAAGGUUGACAGGGUGCAGGCUCCUCUCUAAUUCAAAAGGAAUUCAUGAUCAUUAUACAGGCAGAAAUGUAACGGAUUCAUCCCUCAUGUUCUCACAGCACAGCGUCUUUGCAGCUAAACCUGGAAUGCGGGGCUCUAAAUCUGCAGGCUUUGUAAUUGCAAGGAUGAGAUGGAUGGAUGGAUGGAUGGAUGGAUGGAUGGAGGAGAUACAACUUUUAUUUCCAGAACAUUUCAUUUGGUGUCUGACCCAGCGAUAUGACUGUCAGAUGAGGACGGCACCAGAUUGUUGGCUCUCCUGUCAGGGGAAUGAAGAUUUGCAGUUGAAGCACAAGCUCAUUGCCCUCUUUUAUACAUGUGUUGUGUCUCUUCACAUGACGUCCACGCACACUAGCCUAAAGAUGUUCUGUUAUUCCAGUGGACUCUGUGCUUAUGGGAUCGCCUCUAGCCAUACAUCCAGAUAGGCUACACAGUCCCUCUCAUAUCAUGUUUCCAGCUGCUCUCGCACCACAAAUGUUCAAAGGACUAAAUAAACUUAAGAGUUCACGUGAGGAGGAGCCAAUAGCCUGAAAGCGCAUUGACGUGACCAGAUGUUUGUUUCUAUUUUUACUAUUGUGCCCAGACUCUUUUCUUUUUUACUCUUUUUAAGCAGCUGGAUGGAAAGGAAAAUUGGUUAAGGCCUAACUGAUCUUUUAUGGUAUCCUCUUAAGCAGAGAAAAUUACUGUUAAAAACAUUAAAAGCAGGGAGGAGUCACUAGAAGUUCAGCCAGAGCUACUGUAUGAGCUGCUGCACAUUGUUCCUCUGAGUUCAUACUUUUCAUUUUGGGUUAGGGUUACACGUGAUGAAUAAGCAACCAGUAACAGAAUUAAGAGUUUAUAUUACCUUGGCCUUUGACUAUUCAUUUUAGCAAACAGGAGUCGGAGAACUUGCUCCUUUUGUUCCCAAGUGAGGUCUGAAAUUUCCACUUUACUUCCUGGUUGAUGCAUCCUGAAAGAGAAGUUAAGUUUUGUGAUGAAAAAUCACCUCACAGAAGUGAUGGGAUGAUGACAUACCACCUUGCGGCCUUCUCAAUGUCCGAGUAGACAGAGUUGGUGCUGUGGAGAGUGUUCUGGAAGGUGUGGAUGGGUGGGAACUUGAUCCUUCCUGCUGAGGCCUGUUUGAGUGUCCACUGAUAAGCUCGCUGUGCCUCUUUCUUGUACUGCAGCCCUCUGGCCGCUAUUUCCUCCUUCACCUGAGCCAGUGCCUCAUAGAAGAAGCGCUCCAGCUCGGUGCGCUGCUCCAUGAUGGCGCUAGCUAGCCUCUUGAUCUGCUUCAGUUCGUUCUCCCGCAUAGAGAGCACCCACUGAAGCUUCUCUAACUCUGCCUCGGCGGCCUGGGAACUGAGCAACAUCUUCUCCUGACAACACUCUUGUUCCUCCCUUUUAUGUUCCACUGUCUGCUCCAGAGAAGCUACUUUUUCUUUCAAAUGGGUUAGCUCUUCUUUUUGGGCCACCAUUUUGGCUGCAUUUAUCUUUGCCAGCAUCUCCAGUGUCUUCUGGAGGGGUGGACACAAGGCAAAGUCAUUUUAAUUUAACAUAACAUACAAUAUUCAGAAAAAAGUUAGGGAUGGGGCUGGUAUUGGGCUUUCCAAUGAAAUUUAAGGAUGGUCCUCAAUGCACUAUAACCUUAACAGGUGAACUUAAUUUGAACUGUUUGUUUCAGUAGUCUUUACACAACUUUCCUCUAACAAGGAGUUGAACAGCACAAUUUACAAGAGGUGUUUGACCCAUGAAUCCGCCAAUAGGAAUCUCUCUGUAUCGCGACCAAUACAUUUCCUGGUUCAAUUCGAAUUGGUAUUCAAAUAGAGCGCUCAUCAUGCUGUUCACAUUUUCACAUCUCGAGUCCAAGACACCUAACAAUUGAUCAACAGAAUCCUGCCAUUUUGAGGCUCCAAAACAGGAUGUUCUCAAUAAGAAGUGGCCACUGAGCUAUGAGUGUCAGCGUUGAAUCAGCAGGUUGCAACAGAGAGAGAGCGAUGGGGAGAGUCACAGAAAGGCAGAGAAGUGCAUGUCUUUGGAAAUGCAUUGGUCAAUUGAUGGAUCAAACACUUGUUGUGAAUGUUGCGAUUCAGCUCCUUGAACAGCAAAACGUAUUGAAACAUUAAACAAAGAAUAUGUGGACGUGCAUUCAGAGGUUUAGAGAUCAAAUUAAGUUCACCUUUUAAGGUCUUGGUGCAUUUGAGGAUUAUCCCUUACAUUUGAUCCAAAAGUCGAAUAUCCCUGACUUUUUGUGGGUGGUGUAGCAAUUGUACAACAAAUAAGCAAUUGUAUCCUAAGCUUGGCUGCUGAGUCGAGUUAGAUUUCCAACAAUUUGCUGUCACCAUCUCAGAGACGUAUGUGAAUGCAGCUGAUAUUUAUUUGUAUUAGGAGAACCCACUAAACCUGUAGGCUCGUGGAAACUCACCGCAACCACAGAGCAUGGAGUGAGGCUCCGUGGUAAAUACACAGAAGCAGACCAAGUAAACAAAAAGAGGGGAAGCCGCCUGAAUUAGACGUUUCAUAACUGCCGUGAUUGGGGAAAAUGAGUCUUUAUAUCUAAGCAUUGCCUAAUAAUAGCAGCCAUGCUGUUUGCCAUCCUUUGGCCAAAGCAUUACCUUGUCCAUUGCCAGGGAUGUGUUUUUCUUCGUCAACGAAUUUACCAGUUUGUGCAGCUCCUCUGCCUCCUUCAUGUGGUGCUUCAGUGUCUCAUUGAGACGGACGUUCUCCUUGAACACACAGCGUGAGGCGUCGUCCAGCUGUCUGAAGGGCAAAUAAGUUCGCCCAAUAAUUAUUCAUUUGCAGAAAACCUUUGAAUGGGAGGAUAGUAUGAUGCAUUAUUCAUUUCUUUAAAAGCUUGAAAAGGCUUUAGUUUAAAUAGUUAAUAGUUUAUACCAGGGAUGGGCAAAGUGUGGCCCGCGACCACAUACCAUUCUUUCAUCCGGCCUACCAAGCUUUUAGAUUAAGAUAAUGAUAUUUACUGCAUUUGUUUAGUAAUUUUCCCCAAACCUGGUUAAUUAAAAUAUAUUUUAUUAAUUUACCUAUUUUAAUAAUUUAAUUGAUUUAUUUUAAAUUAAAGUAAAACUAAUUAAAAUAAUUCUUUACACAUUUAACAUUUAUACAAUUGGUUAAUUACAAUGGUAAAUAAUAAAAUUUGGAAAAUGAGUGAAUUUAUUAAAAAACUGUUUGACAUUUUACACACACAUUCUUAACUAUUCUUUUAAAGUCAUCUACAGAUGACCGACAGAUUUGUCUCUUUUAGAAAUCAAAUGUGGCCCUUGAGCUCGAGGUUUGCCAAAAGUUUUCACACCACCUGGUCUAUACUGUAUUUCAUCGUACUUAACUACAGGGAGUACCAAGUUAGUGAGUUAGUUAGAGCUCUCAGUGCCAUGAAGCAUACAUAGGCCACAAUUACGGUUUCUGUAAUUUGUAGUUUUUUUUACGGGAGCAGGUGAUUGGCCCACUGCCCAACCCUAGCACCUGGUAGUCUCCCAUCCAAGUACUAACCAAGACCGACCCUGCUUAGCUUCUGAAAUCUUACAAGAUCGGGCCCUGCCAGGGUACCACGUGGGGUGGAGUACCAAGUACACAGCAUUUAUUGACGUUGCAGGGUAUGCAUGUUUUGGACCACUGUACAUGGUUGUUUGUUCUACAUUGAAUAAAUCCAAAGCUUUCUGUCCAACUCCUCGCUAACUUUGUUUCUUCCCCUUCUAGUGAGGAACACCC